UGACUCCGUCCGACAACCACGGGUAGCCUCGUACGCGUAUGUACGUCUGCCGGCCUUGGCAGCAGUCUCGCUGUCAGCCUGUCAGCUGUGCGCGAGGUCGCGGGAACCCGGCAUCACGCGACGGGUGCUGUCCUUCUGAACGAAGGACAACAACAGUUUCCCUCGUCCACUUGGCGCGUGGACGAAUUCAACAGCGUGCGCGCGCGCGCGCGCACGCGCGCCACACGCACAUUUCCAUAGAAAAAAAAUUGGUUUUUUAAAGAGAGCAAAAAGAAAGGGCAAGCGGGUUGCCGCCGACGGCGCGCGAGAUCGCAAGCUGCUAUGCGGAGCCGCGAAUUAUGACGCUACUUCCGAAUCAGUCGUGACCAGUCGUCCCUAUCUCGUCGAGUCUUUUUCAAUUACAGAGGAUUUGAUUUUGACCGCCCGUACCUGUUGAAAUGAAGAUGGCAUACGCACCACUCUCCAAGCUCGUGUCCAUGGACGCGAUGCCCAGCAUAUGCCCGAACAGUAUGAAAAAGCCUACCUUGUCUGAAGUGUUGCAAUCAGAACCAGUGAAACGACUUUUUAAUCAACCAAAUAUCAUCGUUAGGACAUUUCCUUUUAAAUCAAUAGCCGAGUAUGACAAGAAUAUGUUUUGGCAUAAAAAAAAUGGUGUGAAUUCGAUACAAAACUUUACAAAACCAUCUGGAAUAUCGAUACUCCCUGUUAGGACAGCAGAUGAGGAAAAGGAAGAUGCCAAUCUUCUGCCUUCAAAAAUAGAGCACAAAAAGUCUGAAAUCGCUCUGUUUCCCAUUGAAAUGAAACCAUGUGGUCACUACGAACAAUGUGAAAGUAUCGUUUGUGAUGUUACGCUACAGCAGUAUGUGGAUAAAGACGGUGUGUCGCCUAUGUUAGCGUUAAGCAUAGAGGAAGACGAAAUAAAUGCGCCGGUUGGAAAACAUUGCGGAAAUGAACAUUGUGAUGCAUUAAGUAUCGACCAUAAUCGCUGUCGUCGAGCAUUAAUAAAACUACACAGAUGUGACAAAACAUUAGUGUGUGAUAUUUGUGGAAUAACAUUUAAGAGAUGGAAAUCUCGGACAUGUCACCGGAAUUGCACGAGAAAGGAGAAGUACGUUCAUAACAAUGUGGACAGAUCUCAUUUACAGAAGGAACGGAUGCGAAUGCGAGAACUGCAGAUUAUAGAAAUUGCAAAAAUGAAGAAACGCAAUUACUUGGAUCCUGACAAAGCAAUGGAGACGCUGCGGAAGAACAAAGAGUUGAUAAUCAUUCCGCAAAAAGUAUCUAGUCAACGACCGAUUGUCAUCACGACUUCGGUACCUAGCACUCAAGUGACUGGCUCUAAGCUGACUAACGCUCAACCCAUCAAAAUUAAUUCUCAGUUAACUAAAGCCACGAAUAUCCUUGGAAGUGUACCUCUUAUGAGUUCAUUGCAGAACACCACUGUUUCUAACAAGACAUUUUGUUUAGGAAACGAAGUAAAAUCGAUAAGUAAAAUAAGAUUUCCAAUGCAACAACAAAAUUCUCAAUUGGGGUCUGCCUCGAUUCCAAUUCCAGCGGCAGUUCAAACUCAAAUUCAAGUUUCAGCUCCAACUUCAGUCUCAUCUUCAGCUUCAUCUCUAACUGCAGCUCCAAAAAUUUCAGUUCCAACUCUAGCGCUAACUUUAACUCCAACUUCGGUUUCUGCUCCAGUUUCAGCUUCAGCUCCAACUAAGGUUCAAACUCUAACUCUAACUUUAGCUCCAAGCUCAGCUUCAACUCCAGUUUCAGCUUCAACUCCAGUUUCAGCUUCAACUCCAGUUUUAGCUUCAACUCCAGUUUUAGCUUCAACUUCAGUUCCAACUUUAACUCUUGCUCUAGCGCCAACUCCAUCUUCAAUUCCCGCUCUAACUCCGACUUCAAUUCCCACUGUUGUCACUACUUCUGCAUCUACUCCUGUUAUACCUCAGCAUAAACAAUUCAUUCGCCUUGCAGUUUCACCUCAAGCUACUACCGCUCAGUCUAUAUUAAAUAAUUUUAUUGUAUCACCAUCAAAUAUUAUAACGACCACAUCAGUUCAGUCUAAAACGUUCCUCGCGCCGAUACGUGUAGUACCUAUAAAGAACUUGAUAAGCCCGCCAUCGUUGUUACAUCGUACGCAGGGUAUUCCUAGAUUCUGCAUAGUUGCAGAAAAUGUGGUUACACCAUCAGUGACCACCCCAAAUUCACCGUCCGUUCAAUCUGCUGCUGCAAACGUCGAUAAUAUGAAAGUCACCAAUGCAAACGCGAAUGUAAAAACCACCAGUGCAAACGCGAAUGUAAAAAUCACCAAUGUAAAAGCCACUAAUAUAAACACAGAUUUAAAAGCAAAUACCUCGAAUUCGGUACGUAAUCCGAAAGUGCGUAAAACAUCAAAAUUAAUGAAACAGAAGAAAAGUUUCUUCUGCGUUUACUGCUCGAAAAAUUUUACUACUGAGUGGUAUUUCAAGCUACACAUCGCAAGGCACGAAAACGCGGAGCUUUUUUUCUGUCGUUUUUGUGAGGAAUCCUUUUGCAAUAAGUAUCACUUGAAAAAACAUAUAACUAAUCAACACAUCGGCCAGAAGACACUUGCGUGCGACAAAUGCAACUAUACUUGCUUGUCAAUUGUUUCCUUCAAAAACCACCUUCAAACGCAUGUGACGCGUAAUAAAGCAGAUAAGUCGAAAAAAGAAAGAAAGCUAGAACUUUCGGAAGAUGAAACGAGCGAUAAGUCAAAUGACAAAAAGAGAAUAAAACGCGAAGAUGUAUCCAAUAAUGAGACAUCUCUGCUUAUCGAGAAACAUAAUAAAGAAUUACCGACGAUUAAAAUAGAUGGUAAUGCAAAGACGAAAGGAUUUAAUUUCGUUUCCGUAAAAGAAAUUGUCGAGCCUGAAAAUUUUGAGCAAGAAUCUGCUAUUACAUCGAGAUGAAUCGUGCAAUGUAUUUUAGUUUUGAGAUAUAAACAUAUUCCGCCAAAUAUAGUUUAUUUGACAGAGUUUACAUGAAAGAUGGGAACUGUAUGAAGAACGCAACCAAGGGAUUCAUUGUGCAACCAAAAAGUUAAAUGUAAAAUGUUAAUGUGUAUCUCAUACCGAUAGGCUUCUUUCUCUAAUCUUUAAUGCCAAAACUAUGAUUUUCUCCAUAUUAAUUUAUUAUCCCUGUUUACAAAUUGCACAAUAAUAUUAGUCUAUGCGAUUUUAAAAGCAUGUAAUCUUGUAAAUCAGCCGACAUUUUCUCUAACAUUAAAUGCCUGUUAGGUAUUUGCAAGCAUCCGUGACUUAAUUCGAUUCCGCCGACAUUAAAUUGCAUAAUAUGCAAUCCAAAUUGAAUAAUUAUGCAAAAUAAAGAAAAAGAUAGUUAGGCAUGCAUGUAUUAUUUUAUUUUUUUCUUUAGUUUGCUUUAAUAAAUAUUCUUUAUUCAUAAUUGCUACAAUAAGUAGACUUAAAAAGUAGUAGACUUUAAGUAGGCAGGUAGGGUGCUGACCACACCCCACAGAAAUAUAUUUUUCAUUAGUAUAUUAUGUUGUAUUUAAACACAUUAAUAGUUCACAUUAAUAGUUAAAUUAUUACAAAAUAGAGAAAUGCAAAAAUAUGAACUUUAAGACUUGUAGACAGUACAUAAUUUUACUUUUCCAAAACAAAGUUUUUAAUCCUUCACAUUUUUUCGUUACUUGGAGUGCUGUGGCCCCUCCUACCUAUCUACUUGAAUAUUAAUUGAUUAAUAAUACUAUUCUUUACGUAACUUUUAAAAAAGUUUUAUUUGCGUUUAACUACAGAUUUAGUAGUUAUUUCAGAGAACAUAUUAAAAGUCACAUAUCUGGAACUUUUCGAAGUUCUGAAAGAUGCAAGCAAUAUACAACCUACAAUUUUAAAAUUACGAAAGAUAUUUUUUUUUAUUUUUGUGUUGAACAUGAAAAUUUCGAGCAAGAAUCUGCUAAAGUAUUAACUAUUUUUGACUAGACAAUAAGAUAAGAUAAUGAGAUUAUUCAAAACAAAAUUAAAUUAAAACUUUUAGUUUUUCUUUAAGUUUAAACACAUGGGUAAAAAAUUACAGAAGCGGUAACAAAUUGUUAAAUAAUAAUACACUUCAACAUUUAUAUCUAAUAGCAACACAGGUCGACCUUGUAGAUUAUUUGUGGAAAGUUCAAAUAAAAGCAAACAUAGAAAAGAGAGAAAAAAUCUUGAAAGAAUACGAAGAAAUUAUGCUAUUCAGAUUGGCUUGAAAAAGAGAAAAGAGAUGCUAUUGAAAUGAUAAAGAUUAUAAUAGAAAUUACAUUAAAGCGUGCAUCUAACAAGCAUAUGUUAUUUUAAUUUUUUAAGCUCUUAUUUUCCUAAUGAAGCUUUAGCUUUUUUAAUUGGAAAUAAAUUAACUAAACAAUAUCAAUCCAUGAGAAAUGAAGUAAAGAAAAGAAUACAAAUAUCCAUUUAUUUUAUAACCACUUUUUAAAAGCGAAAAAAGAAUGUUAUCCUCCAGAAGAAUUAAUCAUUAUAAUAGAUAUUUUAACGAAAAUUUACAAUUGCUUUAUUUCACAAUCAAAUGCCUCAAAGGCUCAAGACAAAGUUUUAUUGCACAAUUUAAAAAAUAUUAAAGAAUAUUUUAAAUAUUUUAAAUUUUAUAUGUUCUGUAAAUAGAGAUGAUAAUAGACAAUUUAUACAAAGCUUAUUGAAGAUGAUUAAUACUAAGAUACUGUUUUACUCAUUACAUCCGUUCCAUACAAUUCUAUGGCUUCUACAUAAGAAAACAUGUUUUCACUUUGAAUUUGUUCAGUUUUUAUUCAUUGCAUAUUGUGAUAAAUUUUUUUAUAAACUAAAAAGCAAUAUUAUAUUUUACUUCUUUUGAUUUCCAAUAAAUUGAUAUAUAUAUAAUUUUUUUUUUAUUGUAGUUUUGGCAUCAUAGAUUUGUGAUUUGUAUCUAUGUGCAGCAUACAAGCGAGGCGUAUUCGAACAAAAAUAGUUUAAUAAUUCAAAAUAAUGAUUAUUGUAUAGCCUAAUGUGGAGUGUAUAUGAAUCUCGUCAAUGCAAAUAUUUCUUGAUUUACGCAGUUACGAUUUCAGCUACUGUGUAAAUAAGAACCGCAAUGAAUCUGAAUUGCCCAUGUUCUUUUCGUAAAUAUCAUUUAAUUUAAAUUCUACUUUAAUGCAAUUAUUUUAAUAAGGUUAUUGGUAUAUAAUAUAUCAGCGGUUAUGUUUACACUAAGAAUUUUUCUUUACAUUCCCUUAUUAGAUAAAAAAUUAUAUAUAUAUAAUUUUGUGCAAAGAGAAAAUAACAAGACGUCACUUUUUAGCAAAGAUUAAUAUAAAAUUAAAUUAUACCAAAUAAUACAAAAUUAUUUUAAUGACCUAUUUUGGAUAUUUUGAUCUUCUAGUGACGAUUGUAAAGUUUAAAAGAAAUAAUAUAAAACAAAGCAGUUAUAUAAGUUUUUAGAAUAUUUAAAAUAAGAUUUUAUUAUUUGAAUAUACACAAGUAAAAUACUUUUAUUUAUAAAUUUCAACUAUUUUUGACACUAUAUUCUAUAUACUGAAAUUAUCUUCGAAAAAUUGAAAAGUGUAAAACGCAAUGUAUGAAGCAUCACGCAGAUAUAUCCACAUACUGUAAUUCUCUUAUUUAACAUAACUUAUGUAAUUAAUCUUAUUCAAGUAAGAUUGUAUUUAACUGUGAUACAUUUUUCCCAUGUAAAAUUUGUUUUUACAUUUGGUUUAUAAUUAUUGUUCUAUAUUGUCAAUAUAUAAGAUAAUUCCUAAAUGUAAAAAAUUUAAGAGGAUUUCUUGGCUUUAUAAAGAAAAGGUCUUAAACAUAUUCUAAAGUACUUUGUUUCCAAAAUAGAAGGUGUUAUAGAAAAGAAAUAUGAGAAUUUCGAAAAUCCAGAAUCUAUUCUUAAUACCAUAUGUAAGCACACCAAAUUUGAGUGAAAUAUCUAAACGUUUUCUAAAUUUUCAUAUUCUUGUUUUCAACUUUAACCUUCUAUUUUGAAAGCAAAGUGCUUUAAGAUAUACGAGUAUAUUUAUAGAACCUUUUCUUCAUAAAAUAAGUCAAAGAACCCUUUAAAGUUUUUAUGCUUGCUUAGGAAUCAUCUUGUAUUCUACCUUAAUCUAUUAUUUGAUAUACUUUAAUGUUAUAAUAUAAUAAUAGCUGUACACAUGGUGCUUUAAUACAUCAUUUUUUACGAUUUGCAUAUUAAUUAUAAUAUGCAAAUAUGAUAAGAUAAACUUGUACAGAAAACAAAUCUUUAAGACUUUCAUUUGAAAUUACAAGUUGCAGAAUAAAAUGUUCAAUAAAAUUUUAUUAACUUGUAUUAAAGCACUCGAGAAAAAUAUGAAUAAUGACUGCUGCGAUGUUGAAACAUUGAUACAUAUACAAAAUAAUAUUUAUGUACGUAAGAUACAUGUUAAUCUAAUAUAAAGUGUGAAAGCAGCUUUAUUCUGAAGUAGCCUUAAAUGCCAGCACAGAUUAAAAACUGUUGCUACAUACCAUAUGAAAAGCCAUUUAUUCCAAUUAUAAAUUAAUGAAUUGUAACAGAACAAAAUACUACUUGUUUUUACAUUUUUUUUCAUUUAAAAAGGAAUAUAAAAUAUUUCAUAUAAAAGAUAGUAAGCUAUGUUUGUGAUAUAGAUUUAUGCAUAAAGUAUUCAUACUACUUUAUUGCUUGUUCUCUUAAAACAAUGUUUACUAAAUGUAAACUAUUCUUUUUAAUGCCAUUUAUUAGUAACAUAUUCAAAAAUAAGAAAAUGACAAGAUUUAUUAACCAUAUCAUACUCAGUAAAUUUUGUUACUUUAGAAGGCAAUUUAUUGUAAGAGCAGAACAGUACAAAUAAUAUGAAAUAUUUUGACUAACAAAUUUUAAGUUUGUGCUUAAAUCGUGAAAUAUUAAACUAUUCAAUAUUUACUGUGCUCUGUCUUGUUGCUAAAAUAUAAAAGGACGGUAUUACUACAUACAAUUCUCAUAAAAUAUUUUAUAAUGAGAUAUCAACAUCUAUCACUUGUUGAGAAUAAAUGAUGUUCCUGAAUGCGAAAAAUCAAUGAAUAUUGAGUGCCUUGUAAAUCAGAAAUUUCUUCUAACAUAGUCGUGUUUAUUUUUUACAGUCUUAUAGAUGGCUGUCUGCUAUCUGCAGAAAUAAAAUCUGUUUAAGCACGUUUUACGCAUUUGUUUUCCAGAUGUUUUUCUUUAGUAUCAAUUCUUUAGAUGUACAUUCACACUGUGAAUAUAGAUAUUGCUUGAUACACAUGUCAGUUAUCGUUAAUAAGUAGUUUGAGUAAAUCUCAAAUUAGCAAACAUGUACUAAAUUUGUGUAUUUUAAUAUAAGGAGCGCAUAUGUAAAGAUUAUGCUUUAUAAUUAUGAAUUCAGUGUCACAAAAUGAUGUAAGAUGUAACAGCGUUAUUUGCUCUGACGAUACAUAAUUAUUUUUUAUGCUUUGGUACAUUGAAGAUUGAUAUCUUUCCAUCUUGUGCAAAUAGAUUAUUUUCUAAUCUCUUUUUCUACGAUAAAAAAAUAGUUUCAAGGCUCUAAGUAUUGAAUUAAAAUAAAUGAAUAUGAAAAGAAUACCUUAAAGCCGACAUUACGUUUUCGUCGCAAGUCCAAUAACUUUAUUAAUUAAUAAAAAGAGCGUUUAUCUAACUCCAGAAUGCAUAAUAUGAGCACAAAGACGUAAAUGUUUCAACUGAUAAUUUUGAAUCCUCUUCGGUGCAACAAUUAUACGUUAAAACUUCCAGACAAUUGCUGAGUAGUUUGCAUACAGUGUUUAAAUUCUUGAAAGUUAUAUCGAUUGGAAUGUAAACUGCUGUAAUCAGUUAUGCGAGAUAAAUUUUCGUAGUUAAUUCAGAAGUAAUUCAGUGUGUCUGACAUUGAAAGUUUUAUUACAUCUAAAAUCGGAUUAAAUAACAAAUAAUAACGUAAAUAACGACGGUCACGUACAAGUAAUACAUAAACAUAAAUUCCUUUUAUAGAGCUGGCUCUUAAGGAUAUUCUUUUUAUAUUGUUUUAUUUUUAAUUAAAAAAAAUAAAGUUUACAAUAAAUACAUAUAUAAAAAAAGCAGCUAAUGAAAAUAUAGAACUGGGCAUUAAUAACAAAAAAAAAAAAACAAAAAAAAACAUUUGUUGCACACUUCAUUUACUAAAUUACUCUGUAAUUGCAACACGUUCAGUGAAAUAAGUUUAUUUUCUCGAUGUACUGACGAGUAUAAUAAUAAAAAUCAAAUGCAGUAUUACACUUCUUGUAUCUACGCUCCUACGUUUAUAAUAAAAAUUUGUUAAUAAACCA